UUGAAUUCAAAGCUUACUCUGCCCUCUCUUGGCUGGAAGGAUGGCGGUGGUGUGGUGUGUUAUCCCCGCCAUGUCGACAGGGGGCGCUGCGAGCCCUUUCCCCUCCAGGAGGGUUUCCGCUUUCAGAGACCGGAUAGCGCUACCGGUCAGUGCCUGACCAAAACAGAAACAAUGGGCAAGAAGCACAAAAAGCACAAGUCCGAAAAGCAUGGCUAUGAAGAAUACGGAGACAGGCCACUGAAGCUGGUUCUGAAAGUGUCCGGGAACGAAGUGACAACGGGAAGCUCGAGUCGAGACACUUUUUAUGACGAACAGCCGGGAGAGUCCGACAAGCCAAAAGACAAGAAGAAGAAAAAGAAGAAAGAUAAAGACAGGAACUCGGGCACGCCAGAGGAUGACAAAGGAAAGAAAAAGAUGACGAAGAAGAAGAAAGGACAGGAUGGAGAGGGAGAUGAUGACAGGGAGCAGAGCAGAACUCCCAUCCGUUCAGAGCUGGACAAACUGGAAGAAAAAGAGCAGACUCCUCUACAGGAAGCAUUGAACCAGCUCAUCAGGCAGCUUCAAAGGAAAGACCCCAGUGCAUUCUUCUCUUUUCCGGUCACUGACCUCAUUGCACCUGGCUACUCCUCAAUUAUCAAGCGCCCUAUGGACUUCAGCACAAUGAAAGACAAAGUGAAGAAAGACAACUACCAGUCACUGAGCGAACUGAAAGUGGAUUUUAAGAUUAUGUGCGAGAAUGCUAUGAUUUACAACAAACCCGAGACAAUCUACCACAAAGCGGCUCGGAAGCUGUUACACUCUGGGAUGAAGAUCUUGAGCCAGGAAAGGCUGGAAAGCCUGAGGCAGAGCAUAGAUUUCAUGUCAGGCCUCGACCCCUCUGCCAGACAGCCUCUGAAGUGUGAGGAACAAGGAGGCCCCAGCCUGGACCAGAACAAGGAGGGAUCCUCGACAGCAGAGGGCAGCGAGCGCUCCCAGACCCCCAGCACUCCCAGACAGGACAAAGACUCCAAGGACGAAGCAGCGAAAGCCGAGCAAGAGCUGGAAGAAAUACGCAAGGUCAUCGAAGAGUCUGGGGGAAAGCUGUCCAACAGAGUGCUGCAGAGCGAAUUGGAUUUUGUAAGGCGGAAGUCCGAUGGCUCCACCACCCUCGCUAUUCUCAACCCAGCGGACCCAUCAGCUGGAGAUGUUGGUUACUGUCCAGUGAAGCUGGGCAUGAUGUCCACUCGGCUGCAGAACGGCGUGAACACGCUGCCGGGCUUCAGGGAGGACAAAAGGAACAGGAUUACUCCAGUGUCCUACUUAAACUACGGGCCGUUCACCUCCUACGCACCCACCUAUGACUCCAGCUUCGCAAACAUCAGCAAGGACGACUCGGACCUCGUCUACUGUUUCUACGGGGAGGAGUCCAGUCUGCAGGGCUCAGACAGCUUGUCCGAUUUCCUGGCCAAAUCGGACGAAUAUGUGUACAAACUGGCCGACAACCUUCUGGAUGCCAUGACCAACGGAGAGCAUUCAAGAACCCUGAGAGCCGCAGAGCAACAUGUGCCGCAGGGUGAAGAGCCAGCAAAAACACAAGAGGACAAAGACGGCGUGGAGGUAGCUGAGCCCGACUGGUCCAACAGGCUGGACUUCCUGCGCUCUGCUGCAAGCCUGCAGAUGGCUGAGGAGCUCUCUGGGGAGGCCCUACACUUCCAGCAGAAAUUGGACGAGACUACAAAGCUCCUGCGUGACUUACAGGAAGCACAGAAGGAGCGUCUCAGUGCCAAGCAGCCGCCUAACAUGAUCUGCUUGCUGGCCCCGACUGCCAAGGAGCUGGAGCUGGGUAAGAGCCGCUUUGUUCCCCUCCUCAAUCCUCACCGCCAGCUGCAGACCUCCGACAAUGCUUUACUUAUCUCUUCAGUUGUCAUCCUACACAGGUCCGAGAAGGUGACGGGGAACCUGGCUGAGCUAACUGGUCAAGUGGCUCCAUGUGAGGUGAGCAGUGUGUACGGCAUCAGGAGGGCCAUGGGCAUCGCUGCACCGCCUGAGCCCCUACUGGACCUCACCACAGCCGAGGAAACCAGCGAACCAAUGGAGACCUCGUGCACAGGUCCCGAUGCGAUUCCAGCCGUUGCUGUGAAAUAACGCUCCAACCUCUUCUUCAAUUAAAUAAGUUAAAUUUUUGUACAAAAGGUGCUUUUUGUGUGACAUUUGUAUGCAUUUCGGUCAAUAAACCUUUUUUUUAACGUAAA